GACUGACGGGGAAAUCGCGUUUGCAGGACCUGCCAGUAGGCUUUCCACUACAUCCCUUUUUCGGCUCAGAGAGGACCUCGUUCCUUUUCAUUUUCAUUCACUAUCAGUCCUUUCGUAGUCCCCCGCACCGAAAUAAUACCGAAUUAUUCAGAAGCUGGAUGCGAUUGUUUUAAGGUGCAAUGGAUCGUCCUCAUAUACAGCUGGGAUUUCCUUUUAUUCUCGUCUAACACAUCAGCGCUUCUGUUUAGGUCCUGGGUAGUUAAAGAGAGAUCAGUUUGUGAGCAUGAACGAAAAGGUGUGGGGCUUCACUUUGUUUGUGGCAUAGUGAAUAGGAGAAAGAAUGAAAUAGGAAAUCGUAUGGACUUCUUUUAUCCCGGAAUGCAAUAACAACAAUAAUAAAAAAACAGAAAAAAUAUUUUACUUUUCGUGGGAUGCCCGUAACUGACUUAUCGGACGACUCCCUGUGGGUUGUGGAGAAAAGCUCCGGAAUAUGGGCGCAAAUCACUCCCACAAAACUCCCGUGUUUGAUGAGGACGAGGACGUUAACUUUGACCACUUCCAGAUUCUCAGAGCCAUUGGGAAGGGAAGCUUUGGGAAGGUAUGUAUCGUGCAGAAGAGGGACACCAAGAAGAUGUACGCCAUGAAGUACAUGAACAAGCAGAAGUGCAUCGAGAGGGACGAGGUGCGCAAUGUCUUCAGGGAGCUGCAGGUGAUGCAGGGUCUGGAACACCCAUUUCUUGUCAAUCUGUGGUACUCCUUUCAGGAUGAGGAGGACAUGUUCAUGGUGGUGGACCUUCUGCUCGGGGGAGACUUGCGUUACCACCUGCAGCAGAAUGUACAGUUCAAGGAGGAAACCGUGAAGCUGUACAUCUGUGAGCUGGCCUUAGCCCUCUACUACCUACAAUGCUGCCACAUUAUCCAUCGGGAUAUAAAACCAGAUAACAUUCUUCUGGAUGAGCAUGGUCACGUGCACAUCACGGACUUCAAUAUCGCCACUGUUUUGAAGGACUCCGAGAAGGCAAUGUCCAUGGCUGGGACCAAACCCUAUAUGGCUCCAGAGGUAUUCCAGUCCUUCAUAGAUGGAGGCCCCGGCUACUCUUACCCUGUGGACUGGUGGUCACUGGGGAUCACAGCUUAUGAACUGCUCCGUGGAUGGCGGCCUUACGACAUCCACUCUAGCCUAGCUGUGGAUGACGUCACUAACAUAUUCCGCGGCGAGCGUGUGCACUACUCCUCCACCUGGUCCAAGGGCAUGGUGUCGCUACUGCGCAGACUUUUAGACAAAGACCCAGAAGGCAGGCUUUCAACCAUCAGUGACAUCCAGAAUUCUCCGUACUUGGCUGAUGUCAACUGGGACGCCAUCUUGGAGAAAGCUGUCCCCCCUGGCUUUGUUCCAAAUAAGGGAAGGCUAAACUGUGACCCUACUUUCGAGCUUGAAGAGAUGAUUCUGGAAUCUAAGCCUUUGCACAAGAAGAAGAAACGUCUCGCUAAGAGCAAGUCACGUGACGCAACCAAAGAGUCGUCUCCCUUGCCUGCCCAUCUGCAGCAGUGCCUGGAAACGGUACGCCAGGAGUUCAUCAUCUUCAACAGGGAGAAGUUACGGCAGCAAGCAUCCACCGACCAGCCAGCCAGUACACCAUUCCUGGACCCCUCACCACAGGUCCAGAGGAAGACGCAAGAUGGGCAUAACAACAACAUGCUCCCGGCUUCAGAGGAGACCGGCGUGUAUGGAAGCUAAGCUGGAGAUGAGGAUGGGGGCAGGACGAGGCGCUCAAGCUUCAGAGCAUGGGGAGAAGCCGCCAACCAUGACUCCCUGUGUUUUACUUCUCUGCAUGUGUUAUUAUUACUCUUUUGGUUGGUACGGCAACGAAACAUGGCGCAUGGCUACCCGGAGCCUCCAGCGCGGACUGUGAAAUCACCUGGCUGCUCACUGCCUAACGCCCAAAAAAAAGACAAACAAGAAAAAGAAAAAGGAAACAAUGAAGUUUGGCUCCUUAACCAUUGUCUUCAGUCGGCUGCUGCUUUGCCUUACAAGUGUGUCCCUUUGGAUACUCAAGGGCCUAUGUGUGUGCAUGUGCGUGUGUGUGUGUGUGUGUGUGUGUGUGUGAGAACCUUCACCUGCCUCUCUCUCCUGCAUCACUGUGUGCCAUAAACUUACUGGAGAAACUCUGAAAUGAAAGCCAACCCUCAUCAGUACCUGACGUUACAUCACAACAAUGCUGACAGGUGUUUUAAUCCAGAGCGACACCCACAGGUCGACUUUGGCGAGCCUUUUAAAUGGUACGACAGAAGCUACCCUCCUGAGAUGUGAGCUUACAACCGUCUGGUGCUGUUCUUUAAUUGGUCAGUGCAGCUCCCACUGUGCCCAGUGUCUUAAAACAAGUACCCCAGUGCAGAGAUGCAGACAGUGAUUAUAAGAAGUAGUGACAAGUAAGAAGUACAAAAAGUCUCAUCACCGGUGGGAACACUCUGAGCCACUGAGGCAAAUAAAACCUGCGUUAUUUUUGUUCAAUUUCAAAACCCUGUAGCAUAUGAGGGUUUGCACUUUUCAUUUGUUCAAAAUUAACAUUUAAAAUGCCUUAUUUAUUUUCACAAGUUGAGCACCGCAUUCUCUAAUUUCACCUGAAAGCAGUCCCGGGAUCAAUGGAAUUCAAUAGAACCACAUAUUCAGCUGCAGGUCGAUUUUAAUGAAAACCUCUGUCUCUAUAAUGUUGUAGAAUGUUUGCGGUUUAAUAAACAGAAUCAGAGGACAUAUUGUCUGAUGGGGGAAAACUCGCAUUCUAAGGAUCCUCUAAUAUAUAUUGGCUUUUUUUAAACAGCCGUUUCUGUUCAUUUUUAUAACCGAGGUCUGACCAAAACAGCAGCCUCCAUAGACUAGCAGAUCUCUCCUUUUACCAUAUUUAGACCAAUAGAAUUGCCUGUGUCUGAUCAGGCUGUGGGGAGGUUGCAUUUUAAUAAUGGAGGAGCUUCACUGUGUUCUGUGCCUGACCACUCUUACCUCUCUCGAGGCACCUGGGGCAAAGCAAACCUGAUGGCCCUUAAUAUUUUAGUUUCCAUUAGUUGGCUUAGAUGUUUAUUGUCGCUCUUGUUGUGUCGUAUUCACAGUGCAGCAUUAAGACGCCGGUUUUCUUCCAUCUGACUGAAUAUCCUGGGACAAGGUGUAUUAACCAGGGGAGUGCUCCAUUCUGAUGACAUCAGCGCCACACUCUGCAAUGUGCGACAUCAGUGUCAAUGCUCUGCAAUGCAAGCAGCCCCCACCUGUCCUUAAAGGUCACUACAUUCCUUUGUCUCACGUCAUAGUCAGGUUGACGUCUUCUGCUCCAGUGGCAGUUUUGCUAAAGGGCAGCUUACUCAAGCGACGCAAGGACAACAUCACUGUGUAUGUUGGCACAGGAAGAGAGGUGGCUGUCAUUGUAGAUGAAGGAAUGGUCAGUUGGCUUCUGUGAGCCAAAAAGGGCAGGGAAAGGAGUAGGGCUCAGGUUGGCCGGGAACUACCCUUGAGUUAGGGCAGGGGUGCCCAACUCCAGUCCUGGAGGGCCAGAACCCUGCACAUUUUUGGGUUUCCCCUCAUUUCACACACCUGAUUUAACUCCUUGUGCUAAUUACCACACCACUCCUGAGCUGAAUAAUUUAUGGUGGAGCAGGGAAAGAACUAAGCUACACAGUGUACCUCCAUGAAGCUACCGACGGAUCGCCUUCAAUUAUAGUUACAGAAGAGAUGGUAAGCUGGUCAUAAUUUCUGAGUUACCACAGAGCAUAACCAGGAUAAUGAUUGGUGCUACUGAUUAGCCUGUUAAGUGGCCGCCUUGCCCCUUCAUUGUCGUUUCCUCUAGCCCUCACUAUAACACUUACAGGACUACAGCCUUGCCAAAAGCAGUGUUUCACAUUUGCCAAAGGACUCUUUGGAACAAAAAUGAUUAAGACGCACAGGAAAUGAAACUGGUGCUCUUUAAUCCUUCAGCAGCAAUGUAGCAUGACUGGGCAACAACCGUAGAUGGAAACAUGUCCAUCAGGAGAUUUGGAGUGUUCCGCGUGAGCAUUUAGAACAAGUCAGAAUACUUUCAGUAUCCUGAAUCCUAAUACAGUAAAACCUCGGAUUGCGAGCAUAAUUCGUUCCGGAAACGUGCUCGUAAUCCAAAGCGAAUUGUCCCAUUAGAAAUAAUGGAAACUCAGAUGAUUCGUUCCACAACCCAAAAAUAUCCAUUUAAAAAUGAUUAAUACAAAAUAUAAAGUAAAAAUACAUAAAAGAAAUUAACCUGCACUUUCCCUUUGAAAAGAAUCGUGGAUGGUCUGAGGGAAACGAGAGAGAGGAGAAGAGGAGGGUUAUUUUGUAGGACGACUUUCACUAUAACUAACGGAAUCACUGCUAUCUGUUGGCUCACUGGAAUCUUUUUCUUUUUGUGCGACUUUAAUGAGGAACCUAUCCAAUGACAGCUGCUUUUGCCUCCUGUUUGAUUUCGCGGAAAUGUGGACACUGCAUCGUCGUUACACAGAUGCAUUGCUCGCACUGCUACACCCUUAUUCGGGUGGUGCUUUUCUACUAAAUUUUGACUAUACGAAUGAGGGACACUGACUGAGACCGAGCAUGGGAGAUUAUUACCCACAAUCCCACAGUGAGAGAGAGAGAGAGAGAGAAGACCCAUUGGCUCAGUUGUGAUUACGCGACGCUCGGCAGUCAAAGCGUAUACAUAAUACUCAUAUUGCAAGACCUCGCUCGUUUAAGUUUAUUUAAAAAGUUUAUUUUAAAUUUAUUUUAAAAAUUUGCUCAUCUUGCAAAACACUCGCAAGUUAUUCGCAAUCCGAGGUUUGACUGUAUAUAUAUAUCUGUGCAUGUGGUGCAACCUUUUUAAAUAAUUUAUGUAUGUUAAUCACGAAAAAGCAGAUAAGCUUGUUGUAAAGUUUCAAAAUAUAUAGAUAUACUGUAUACAAAGACACUAAAUACACAAACUUUUGAUCCAAAAAAAAAAACAAGCUUAUCUACUUUCCUUUGUCUUCAAGUAGCUUUUUACUGGGGUAAAAAUAUUUCAUUUAGGACGUCCUGCUGAUCUCUUUCCAUCUUGUUACCUGUUAUUACCUGGAUGUACAAAGGCACAGAUGAGAUGAUGAUGAUGCUUGAAGAGCAGGCAACUUGAAUACUCACGUAGCCCAGGAGAUGGAGUGGUUAAUGGAUAAAAGGGAAAGCUAGACCACAGUAUGCAGAUAAGCAGUUGCUCUGUUGUCUUGUCGUUGCUAUGACUCAGCUGCCUGGUUCCAGGAGUGGGUGAGAGGGGACACCCUCCAAUAUUGAGGACGCACUCUAACUGAGAACACAAAUAUCUCAAUACACUUCCUGUGAUUCAGCUAGAAGUACUAGCUCAUCCAAGCAGAGUCUACAUAUCUGGUGAACCAGGAUACUGGAGGGAGAAAACAACAUUUAAUGGGUCUUCAGGAGUUCUUAUUGUUCACAUUUAUCAAGGCCAUUUUAAGCUUGUUUAAGAGGGAAGCCUUUAUCAGAAAUCACACAGCAGCUGACCAUCUCCAUCUGAACGUAAAGCAAGCUUUUUGUGUGCUCAUGUUCCUUCUGCUUGAGGACUAAACAUGGCCUUUCUGUGCGGCGUGUCGAAUGACUCAUAUAUCUGUUCAUUUCAUGGCAAAGAGCUGCUUUGCUUUUGUGCAUGUGUUCGACACGUUUAUGUGUAGUUAUGCUUCACUGUUUAAAUGUUUCUACAGUAUUAUAAUGGUUUACAUUGCUGGCUGUUUACCAAGCACAAUAACAUGCAAAACUAGGUGAUGUUUUUCCAAAAAACUACAAAAAUAAAUAAAGGUCAUGCCUCAAAUUUUUAAAA